AUGAAGGUCUAUUUCGUCUUUGCUCUCAUCAUGGCCUGUGUGGCCUGUUACGCAGCCCAGGAAAGUACCAACUUCUACUGCGGUAGACAGCUGUCCAGGGCUCUGGCUGUGGUCUGCUGGGGAGCAGAGUCCAAGCGGGAUGCCGGCUGGUGGCUGCCCCAGCAUGGUGGUCACGCGCUGGCUGGCGUGCGCGGCAAACGCGGCCCUGUGGAUGAGUGCUGCGAAAAGUCCUGUUCUGUCAGCGAAUUGAUGAGCUACUGUUAA